AUUAUAGUAAUUAGAUAUUGGUGUAAGGCAAAAAAGAAAAAUGGAGAGAUCAGGGGAAGGGGGUUCAUCAUCAUCAGUCUCAGGAGAAUCAACUCUUCUUCCUCUCCAAAAUCCCAACAUCUCAGCCAAUUCAACGGCAAUUAGGAGACCUCGUUGGCCGACGAUCGACGGUCCAAUUGGACUUUCUGAGGAAGAAUCGGUUGUAUACGCUCGCCGCUUUUACAAGUUUGGAUUUUUGCUUCUUCCUUGGCUUUGGGCUGUCAAUUGCUUCUACUUUUGGCCUGUUCUUCGUCAUUCUCAUUCCUUCCCUUCUAUUCGACGAUCAGGCUGUAGUUACAAUCUACAACUUCUAAAAGCAUCGUAGAAUUCGAGCACCAGGGUGGAAGUUGGGGUGGACAUGGGCAUUAAAGGAGGUCACAAGGACUAGGAUAGGAGGCCAAGCAACACAUCAAGGAGAUUGCUCAAAAUCUGAAGGAAACAUGCCGCAUUGUUGUAAGAAAAGCCUCACUGCUGUAGACUUGAAUCCAGGAACUCCCUUCAACCAACAAAUUGAAGAUUGUUGUCGAGGUGGGGUGCUUGCUGCAUGGUCUGAAGUCUGAACGACUGGGCUAGAUCAAGCUCAUUCAAGAAGUGCUUUCUAAAUCGAUGUGGGACAAGCAGGCACUUCCUAUAGAACUGUCAACACGCCCAAGAAAUUCACAUUCAAGGCACCAGGAGGUAGUUAUGGCUGCCGUCCUGCUAAUAUAGUUAGGCCUACUCGGUUUCAUACCGCUGAAAGGAGGAGAAUUACUCAAGCUUGAAGUAAGGCCUCCUUAUCUUUCACCUAAGUUUCUUACUCCUUAGCUUUGGAUAUUUGACAUAUUUGUCAUGCACUAAUCAGUUUUCACAGAUUCCUAUUGAAACAAAUUAAUGUGGCUCAUUAUUCACAUCUU